CUCCCACCCCAGGGCCUGGGGGGCAGGAGCAGUGGUGCCAGGGUCCCAGAAGCCAGAGAGGGUUUUGGAGGCCUCCGUAGGGGGUGAGGGGGUCCUGGGGGUGAGUUCCAGGGUCUGCAGGCUUCGGGGGAGGGCCGGUCCAUCCACAUGCUUCCUGGUGCGGAGGGGGCUCGCUGGAUUCCAAGGACCAGGGCCAGGGCCUCCAUGGAGUCCCGUUGGACCCUAAAGCUCUGUCCCUCCAGCCUUUGUCCUGACCCCUGGGACUGACCCCUGGGACUGACCCCUGACUCCCGACAGUGUCUCCUGCCAACCCUUCCUAGGCCUCAUCCCCACCUCACCAGGAAGGCUGGGCUACCAUGGAGGCUGGCUGAUUCUUGGAGCUACCUAGGGCCCUAGACCCCCAGGGACUGGGACACCCUCCCCUUCAUGCUGGGGGUGGCAGGACAUAGGCCCCUCGCAGGCCCCCUGCCCUUCCCUGACACUCAGGACACAGAGGGCCCCUCUGUCCCAGCCCCACGACAAAGGGCCCGGUCUGGCCUUUACAGGCUGAGAACAAGAAGGACCCAGGUCCCCGUGGCCCUGUCGUGGGAUGGGAGAAAAGGAGGCGGGAGGCCAGGCUGGGACCUGGGGCCAUGCAGGGCCUGUUCUUCCGCCCAAAUUCCACCUUAAGCAGGCGGCGGCCCCUCCCUCCCACCUGGCCAGGUGUCCCCGCCCCCAGCUGCGCUCAGGGCUGGGCAGGCGUCUGUCUUCAGGCGGCUCUGGGUGAGGCUGGCGGGGCGGGGACUUCAGGGAGAGGGCCUCGAGGGACAGGACGUGAAGACAGUUGGGUUUGGAGGCGGCCGCCAGGCCCAGGCCCGGUGGACCUGCCGCCAUGCAGGACGGUAACUUCCUGCUGUCGGCCCUGCAGCCUGAGGCUGGCGUGUGCUCCCUGGCGCUGCCCUCUGACCUGCAGCUGGACCGCCGGGGCGCCGAGGGGCCGGAGGCCGAGCGGCUGCGGGCAGCCCGCGUCCAGGAGCAGGUCCGUGCCCGCCUCUUGCAGCUGGGACAGCAGCCGCGGCACAACGGGGCCGCUGAGCCCGAGCCUGAGGCCGAGACUGCCAGAGGCACAUCCAGGGGGCAGUACCACACCCUGCAGGCUGGCUUCAGCUCUCGCUCUCAGGGCCUGAGUGGGGACAAGACCUCGGGCUUCCGGCCCAUCGCCAAGCCGGCCUACAGCCCAGCCUCCUGGUCCUCCCGCUCUGCCGUAGAUCUGAGCUGCAGUCGGAGGCUGAGUUCCGCCCACAACGGGGGCAGCGCCUUUGGGGCCGCAGGGUACGGGGGUGCCCAGCCCACCCCUCCCAUGCCCACCAGGCCCGUGUCCUUCCAUGAGCGCAGUGGGGUUGGAAGCCGGGCCGACUAUGACACGCUGUCCCUGCGCUCGCUGCGGCUGGGGGCCGGGGGCCUGGACGACCGCUACAGCCUGGUGUCUGAGCAGCUGGAGCCCGCGGCCGCCUCCACCUACAGGGCCUUUGCGUACGAGCGCCAGGCCAGCUCCAGCUCCAGCCGGGCAGGGGGGCUGGACUGGCCCGAGGCCACUGAGGUUUCCCCAAGCCGGACCAUCCGUGCCCCUGCCAUGCGGACCCUGCAGCGAUUCCAGAGCAGCCACCGGAGCCGCGGGGUAGGCGGGGCAGUGCCGGGGGGCGUCCUGGAGCCUGUGGCUCGAGCGCCAUCUGUGCGCAGCCUCAGCCUCAGCCUGGCUGACUCGGGCCACCUGCCGGACGUGCGUGGGUUCAACAGCUACGGUAGCCACCGAACCCUGCAGAGACUCAGCAGCGGUUUUGAUGACAUUGACCUGCCCUCAGCAGUCAAGUACCUCAUGGCUUCAGACCCCAACCUGCAGGUGCUGGGAGCGGCCUACAUCCAGCACAAGUGCUACAGCGACGGAGCCGCCAAGAAGCAGGCUCGCAGCCUUCAGGCCGUGCCUAGGCUGGUGAAGCUCUUCAACCACGCCAACCAGGAAGUGCAGCGCCAUGCCACAGGUGCCAUGCGCAACCUCAUCUACGACAACGCUGACAACAAGCUGGCCCUGGUGGAGGAGAACGGGAUCUUCGAGCUGCUGCGGACACUGCGGGAGCAGGAUGAUGAGCUUCGCAAAAAUGUCACAGGGAUCCUGUGGAACCUUUCAUCCAGCGACCACCUGAAGGACCGCCUGGCCAGAGACACCCUGGAGCAGCUCACAGACCUGGUGUUGAGCCCCCUGUCGGGGGCUGGGGGUCCCCCCCUCAUCCAGCAGAACGCCUCGGAGGCGGAGAUCUUCUACAACGCCACCGGCUUCCUCAGGAACCUCAGCUCAGCCUCUCAGGCCACUCGCCAGAAGAUGCGGGAGUGCCACGGGCUGGUGGACGCCCUGGUCACCUAUAUCAACCACGCCCUGGACGUGGGCAAAUGCGAGGACAAGAGCGUGGAGAACGCGGUGUGCGUGCUGCGGAACCUGUCCUACCGCCUCUACGACGAGAUGCCGCCGUCCGCGCUGCAGCGGCUGGAGGGUCGCGGCCGCAGGGACCUGGCGGGGGCGCCGCCGGGAGAGGUGGUGGGCUGCUUCACGCCGCAGAGCCGGCGGCUGCGCGAGCUGCCCCUCGCCGCCGAUGCGCUCACCUUCGCGGAGGUGUCCAAGGACCCCAAGGGCCUCGAGUGGCUGUGGAGCCCCCAGAUCGUGGGGCUGUACAACCGGCUGCUGCAGCGCUGCGAGCUCAACCGGCACACGACAGAGGCGGCCGCCGGGGCACUGCAGAACAUCACAGCAGGCGACCGCAGGUGGGCGGGGGUGCUGAGCCGCCUAGCCCUGGAGCAGGAGCGUAUUCUGAACCCCCUGCUAGACCGUGUCAGGACCGCCGACCACCACCAGCUGCGCUCACUGACUGGCCUCAUCCGAAACCUGUCUCGGAACGCUAGGAACAAGGACGAGAUGUCCACGAAGGUGGUGAGCCACCUGAUCGAGAAGCUGCCGGGCAGCGUGGGUGAGAAGUCGCCCCCAGCCGAGGUGCUGGUCAACAUCAUAGCUGUGCUCAACAACCUGGUGGUGGCCAGCCCCAUCGCUGCCCGAGACCUGCUGUAUUUUGACGGGCUCCGAAAGCUCAUCUUCAUCAAGAAGAAGCAGGACAGCCCCGACAGUGAGAAGUCCUCCCGGGCAGCGUCCAGCCUCCUGGCCAACCUGUGGCAGUACAACAAGCUCCACCGUGACUUCCGGGCGAAGGGCUAUCGGAAGGAGGACUUCCUGGGCCCAUAGGUGAAGCCUUCCGGAGGAGAAGGUGACGUGGCCCAGCGUCCAAGGGACAGACUCAGCUCCGGGCUGCUUGGCAGCCCAGCCUGGAGGAGAAGGCUAAUGACGGAGGGGCCCCUCGCUGGGACCCCUGUGUGCAUCUUUGAGGGUCCUGGGCCACCAGGAGGGGCAGGGUCUUAUAGCUGGGGACUUGGCUUCCGCAGGGCAGGGGGUGGGGCAGGGCUCAAGGCUGCUCUGGUGUAUGGGGUGGUGACCCAGUCACAUUGGCAGAGGUGGGGUUGGCUGUGGCCUGGCAGUAUCUUGGGAUAGCCAGCACGGGGAAUAAAGAUGGCCAUGAACAGUCAC